GAAGGAUGUCCUUUUCCUCUGCAGGCAUCUGCCCAUAUCUCAGAGUACUCCUUGCCCUCCCUAUAAGAUGACAGUGCUGCUUUUUCCAUCACAGUUUAGUGUUUACAUGCACUUGUCUGCGUGAUGUGCACAUUGCUCUGAAGGCCCCUUGCUUGCUGAUACAGUGUUGCAUCCUCCAUCCAGCCCAGCUGACAGUGCUCCCGCUGCCUCCCAGCCUCUCACACACAGCUGACUGCCUGAGUGCUGCUCUCACAGCUUGGCUACUCCAAGCAGCAGGAGGCUGGCUGCUCCCUAUUUCCGGUCCAGUCACAUGAGGAAGGACCCUGGCUGCACACAAGCAAUAAUCCAGCCGCAUGACUAAGAAGAGGAGCAGCUGCUACUCCACUGCUCCCAGGUCUGUGGAGAAGUCACUGGGGACUGAGGCACCUGCUGCCCUGCAAGUGUCUCCACCUCCUCCUCAUUACCGCUGAUACAUCAUAAUCACAGGCUGCCAGCCCCCAGGACUGUGUGUACCACCCUGCCAGUGCAGCACUGAUUCCCCAGCACAUCUCCUGUCUGCACACCAGCAGCAUGAUCAGCCUCAUGUGCCUGUCACUGGAGUGAGCUCAGCCUAGUCAGAGACUGGAGGGGAGACAAUAGUUGGGGGAGGUGCUGCUGAAUGACAUUAGUCAGGACAAUAAUAUUCCUAGAACUCAGGAGACAAAAGGCUGUCACAGUCCUGUCUGGAGAUGGCUUCCUUGAACCUAGGGCUGAGCCUGUCCAGGAAGAAGAAUGCCUUCAGGAAUGCAGCAGUGGAGAGGAAGAACCUGAUCACAGUCUGCAGGUUCUCCGUAAAGACCCUGAUCGAUAGAUCCUGCUUUGAGACCAUUGAUGAUUCCGCUCCUGAAUUUUUAAACUUUGCUUCUAUUCUGGAACAAAUCCUAAGUCAUCGCCUGAAAGGUCAGCUAACCUGGUUUGGUUAUGAAAGUCCUCGAAGUUUUUGGGAUUACAUACGGGUUGCAUGUUCCAAAGUGUCCCACAGUUGUAUCUGUAGUAUCGAAAAUAUGGAAAAUGUCAGCUCCUCGAGAGCGAAGGGCAGGGCCUGGAUCCGAGUUGCGCUCAUGGAAAAACGCUUGUCCGAGUAUAUUACAGCGGCACUGAGAGAUUAUAAAACAACAAGGAGGUUUUAUGAUGAUGGAGCGAUCGUCUUGGGUGAAGAAGCAAACAUGCUUGCCGGUAUGCUGCUUGGUCUCAACGCCAUUGAUUUCAGUUUUUGCCUGAAAGGAGAGGGCUUGGAUGGGAGCUUCCCCGCUGUUAUAGACUACACGCCUUAUCUGAAGUUUACACAAAGCUCCGACAGCAUCAGCAGCGAUGAGGAAGAGCUACGCACAUUGGGCAGCAGCGGCAGUGAGAGUAGUACCCCAGAAAAUAUUGGUCCCCCUUUCAUCAUGGAUGAGAACAGCUGGUAUAACAAAUGCAAGAGGGUGGAGCAGAAGUACCGGCUGGCCCUGGAGCAAAAGGGUUACCUUGAAGAGUUGGUCCGCCUUCGGGAAGUUCAGCUUUCUGACUCAGCCUCCCAAAACAAGUUAUUAACUCAGAGGAUUAAAGAUAUAGAACUGAACCACAAGCUGGAGAAAGAACAACUGGAAUACAUCAUUGUAGAGCUGCAGGACCAGCUGACUGUACUAAAGAAUAAUGACUUAAGAUCGAGACAGGAGUUAACCACUCACCUCACCAAUCAGUGGCCUUCCCCAGGAGCUCUGGAUGUUAAAGCUGUUGCUCUGGAGACAUUGCUGUACCAAAAGCACAAUGAACAGUGGGAUGAUAAAAGUUUCCACAGUUUGGGUCACUUAUCUGCGGAUGCCAGUCUCUCUCAGAUGUCAUUCGACGCUGGUCAGUCCCAGGAUGGGAGCGGGAAGCAUGACUGUUCCCACCUAAGUGAAGGUAAAGAAGAAACACCGUCAUUACUAGGCCUUUGUGGGUCCCUCACAUCUGUUGCAAGUUACAAGUCCCUCACAAGCCUCAAGUCUAGUGAAUGUCUUGCCAGUCCCACAACAGAGAUGACCAGCCCAGGCCUAACCCCAUCCUGAGCCAGGGAGACUGACAGGGGAAGGACAAGCUGUUUUUGUUAUCAUUUUUUAUAUAUUUUUUGCUGUUUUGUAUGCCAACUACAUUCCAUGUCUGAAUGGCUGCAGAACAAAGGCACAUUGUCUCGUUACACUCUAUUGACUUAUUUUUUGUUUAAUACUCGUAUGUCGCAAAUGAACUGAUAGAACCAUGGUUGAAAGUGUACAGUUCCUGAUUUAUUUUCUUUUUAUUUAUUUAAUGGGGGGACAUUUAUAAAAUUGGGGGCACAGGUAAAAAUUAAAAUAACGCCACCCAUUGUGCGCUGUCAUUUUUAAGUACAAUUUAGAAAAUAAAAGUAAAUAAUUCACUUAUAUGAAAAAAAUAUUUGGGGUUUGUUUUUUUUUGACAAAAGUUCCCUGUGUACCAGUUUUAAUAAAUGUCCCAUUCUGUGUGUCUAGUAUUUGACCUUAAAACCAACAAUGCAACAUUGUACAGACUGUGAUAACAAAUGGAGCGAAACGCGUGGGUGGUAUUACUUCUUUGUUUCAUAUGGAAGUGUGGCAUCAAUUGUUUGUUCUUGCCCUGUAUUAUAUCAGUUCUAAGCUUGUCAUGUUUUCUGUGCCAUCUGCUGGCCUACAUGGCUGUAUAUGUAGGCCUUUUUUUCUAUUUUUGUAUGUGCGAGGUAAAUACUUCCAUUAAGAAAUGUAAAAUAAAGAAAUAAAAUGUGGAUUGACA